UAAAAGACGUAACUACAACAACUUUUUCCAAGUGCAGACAUUUAUUUACUUAAUAUUAUAAAAAUAAGGCCUAGGGCUAGGUCUAGAGACUAGACUAGAGUAGAGUAGAUUGCUACAGGUGUUGCGUUAUUUACGUAUGAGUUAUGCUCCUGGAGAGGAAUGUUGUCACAUCACACAUCUGAACCAUGCCAUACUCGGCUGAUGAAAGCUGUUAUUGACCAGGUUAAGGAUUUAGUCCAUGAAAUGAUACAGGCAGGAGAAAAUAUAGAAGCUAGAGACAAGCAUGGACAGAAUGUUUUGUAUCAUGCUUUGCCUGAGAAUUUUACACCAAGUAAGAUUUACAUCUUGCAGAAACAUGAGACGCUGGAGAUUCUCUCACUGCUGCUGACUGCAGGGAUCAAUGUAAAUGCCAGCCUGGAUGGGGAUGGGAGUUCUGCUCUGGUCACAUCUGUUGUCAUGGGCCAGACAGAGCUAGUCAAGCUCCUGAUUCAACAUGGAGCAGAUGUUAAUGUUGAUGCUUUGUCUAAGUUUUGGGGGUCUUUGAGUAGUGAACCAAUGGGUCAAUAUAAUAUUGCUAGUAACAAAGCUGUAACUACACAGUUUAUUUUUUCUAAGGGUUGUGGUCACAGUGUCACACCACUAUUAGCCUCUGUCAUGCAGCAUAAACCAGAUAUUUUUAAACUUCUUUUGCAAGCAAAUGCAUUAUGUGAGUGUUUAUCAUUUGGCAGUUUUUGGAGAGCUUCAAUGACAAGCGUGUGUUCAACCUGUGACAUUAAAGUAACUCCGCUACACAUGGCAGCAUAUCUUGGUGACUUAGAUAUGACUUACACACUCAUCAAUCAUAUGUCACUUAUGACUGAAUAUAAUUUUGAAGAAAACUGUCCACAGUCUUUCAAUGAUAUUACACCUCUGUGGUUUGCCAUACUCAAAGGUCAUGAAAAUAUUGUCAAGCUAUUUUUAAGUUUGGGUAAACCCAUUGCUCUUCCUUGUCAUUUUGGAUCAGGGUUGCAGAUAUGUCUUGAAGAAGGUCAUAGUGCAAUAGCACUGAUGAUUUUACGCGCUGGAUACAAUCUUGAGGAUGACAGUGAGUGGAUAAAAGAAGGCAAAUAUCCCUCAGCCAACAAGGAAGUCUUAGAAAAAAUAGAGAGUUUGUAUGGUCAGCCUCGUCCACUACUUGAUUGGUGCUGUUUGUCUCUUAGACAAAAAUUUGGAUUACACCUAGAAAAUUAUUUAAAGAUGGUUCAGGCACCAAAGAAAGUCAGUGACAUCUUGAACUUCAAGGACAUUAGUCCUGUAUCAUGGCAAGUUGAGUUGACAAGCUUAGUACCAUGACUUUAGCCUUAUUUCACAGGAAAACAUCUCUAGCAGUUUCAGUGGAGGAUAUUCUGGAUUGUGCAUGACAGUGUAGGAAAUGGGGUUGAACUUUAUAGGGACCCCUCUAGAGGCCCAAUUGUUAUAACAGACCUACUCAAUUUAUUGUGACUGCUACAAGGGAGAUAAACAGUGCCCAGCUAUUUAUUAAGAAUUAUUAUUUAAAAAAAACACCUAUGGUUUAAUAAAAAUCUAAGAGUACAGUUUUUUAAAAUUGUUUAAAGCAAAGAUUAGAAACAUUUCUGCCAUAACAUUGUUGUCUUCCUAGCAUUAUAAUUCAGAUAAGUGAACUUAGAAUUAUAUAAACUUCUAGUCUAGUCUGACAAAGUGUAAAGCUGGAAAAAUUAAAACAGAGAUGGGUAUUUUAAUUUUAAUGCAA